AUGGAGCAUAGGUUAUGUGUUCAUAAUGACGAGGCAUUGAAGAAUACAGUUUUAGAGGAGGCUCACAGUUUAGCAUAUGUUAUGCAUCCAGGUAGUACCAAGAUGUAUAUGACUUUGAAGAAAUCUUACUGGUGGUCUGGAAUGAAGAAAGAUAUAGCAGGAUAUGUAGACAGAUGUUUGAUCUGUCAGCAAGUAAUUGUAUACAGAAUGACUAAGACGAUAAAGUUUUUUCCAGUUAGAGCCACUUCUACCCUUAAUCAGCUGGCCAAGACACAUGUUGACAGAGUUGUAAGUCAGUAUAGGGCUUCAGUAUCGAUUGUAUCAGACAGGGAUCCAUGGUUCACCUUGAAGUUCUGGCCCAGUUUAUAG